AUGCUAACCGCCUACCCCCAGACUAAGACCUACUUCUCCCACUGGGCAGACCUGAGCCCCGGCUCUGCCCCAGUCAAGAAGCAUGGAAGCACCAUCAUGGGUGCAAUUGGUAAUGCUGUUGGAAUGAUCGACGACCUCGUCGGUGGACUGAGUGCUCUCAGCGAUUUGCACGCAUUCAAGCUGCGCGUUGACCCUGGCAAUUUCAAGGUUUGCACCCAGAUAACUUAUUAUCUUUAUAUUGAUCACACUCGACUUCAACUCUAAGUCUGUUGCUGCCUUAAUCCGUCAAUAUUAACUUUUAAAAUCUACCUUUCAGAUUCUGUCCCACAACAUACUUGUGACCCUGGCUGUUCACUUCCCUGCGGAUUUCACUCCCGAAGUGCACAUUGCUGUGGAUAAAUUCCUUGCAGCCUUGUCCGCUGCCCUGGCUGACAAAUACAGAUAAGACCAUCAUGAAAGUCCAAAAUUGGACUUCAGUUCCUGGUCUGUUGUUAUCACAAUAAAAUAAACAGGCAAUUAAUUAAGUUAUGUUCUGUGUUUGUGUCCUUAUUCCACCACAUUUCACCAUCAAUGUCAUAUUUGAAUGUCAGCACUACAACAGGCUAAAUACAUUAGAUUCCCACAUUAUAAAAAAUUGAAUGACAAAGGAACGAAUACCUUAUAAAAAUAGAGUGCUUUAGGCCCACCAUGCUCUAGCACAGUAUGUUGUUUCCCAUAACUGUGGAUAGCCUAUCUAAUACGUGUAACAUUUAUUUUGAUGAAUGUGGAGUAGUUGCUGAAUGGGCUAUACUACUAGAGACAGUAUAGGCACAAUAAAAACUUGGAGAUGGAUACUAUUUAUUUCACAUGAAUUUUAAAUAUUUAAAUUAGGAUACUUUUGAGGAUCCUAAUUUGGGUUGUUUUUAACCGAGCAUUUUUUAGAGCGUGCCUUGACUUUCUUUCAAACCACUUUGAGCCUCACUGGCAACUCUGAUUACGUCAAGCUCAUGGUAAGAUAUCUCCUUUCUGACACCAACGCAGCAAAUUUGGAGUAUUAGAGGGCCACAAAGCUUUGCAGACUUACACUAUGAACUGUGCCAAUUGUCUGGUCUAUUGGUACUGUUUAUAGCGUGUUAACUAAGGGUCACUGGUUGCUUAAUAGCCUUAACUAAUUUUAGUUUACAAAUGUAUUUUCAGUUUUUCGAUUAACUAAAUACAAUUUGAGUAAUUAAAUGUAUUUUUGACACUGGCAUUUUGUAGUUUAUCUUUGAUACAUGGUAUUUAGGGUAUUUUUUAUUCAAAUACAACAGGUGUAGACCUUACAGUGAAAUGCUUACUUACAAGCCCUUAACCAACAAUGCAGUUUUAAGAAAGAAUACUUAAAAAAAUAAAGAAAUAAAAGUAACAAAUAAUUAAAGCGCAGCAGUAAAAUAACAAUAGCGAGGCUAUAUACACUCAAAAAAUUAGGGGUUCAACAAGGGUUCUUUUAAGAUCCUCAAAGUUCUUAGAAGAACUUUAAGGUUCUUGGCACUGAAAAUUGCCCCCAAAAGGUUAUUCCAAGAACCCCAUAGGAGGUGGGGUUCAUCAAGGAACCUCAUUAGUUGGUGGGGGUUCUUGCAGGAACCUAACUGCCCAACUGAAAUAUUUGGAUUUGAAGGACAGCAGGUUCAGGCAGGUAACGAAACAUUUAAAGAUCUCCUCAAUUUAAGGAAAGGUUUGUCCCUUGUAUGAUGUAAAUUGAUAUUGUUUUAUGAUGAUACCAUCUAUCUUUUCAUAUUUGUGCAAAUCUUUCUAAAACAGAAAAUGGACCCAAUUCAAUGAAUAUCAAUCAACAAAGAGGUGAGAAUAUGUCUGCUAUAAGAAUAUGUUGAAGGCUAGCUGUAUUGGGUGCAGAUUACUGAGCUUUUGUGUCUGCAGGUGAGGAGGCAUGUCAAUUGGUAUGUUAUUUUACAUUUUAGUCAUUUAGCAGACGCUCUUAUCCAGAGCGACUUACAGUUAGUGAGUGCAUACUUUUUUUCUUUCUUCAUACUGGCCCCCCGUGAGAAUCGAACCCACAUCCCUGCCGUUGCAAGCGCCAUGCUCUACCAACUGAGCUACACGGGACCAUAUGUUAUGCAUAUCACAUUUACCAUCCUCCUCCCUUACGUCUUCAAUGAAAAUCCCAUAGGCCUCUACAUUACAGGUGGUCAAGGACAAGGUAUGUUUAUGAAAACCAUUAUCAAAACAGUUUAUUUCAUUCACAUUUACCACGAAAACUAAGGUAUGAAUACUGUCGUGUGCAUGUUUUGUUAAUCAUCUGUAUAAUUACUAUUUUUGGGAUUCACAGACUUCACCCUCCCUACACCUCUGAUGAAUAUAACAGGAAACCUGUUUGAGCACCAUGCACUGCAAAAUCAUUCUGGCUAUACGGAGAACAUCAAAACAUUAACAUCAACAUGCCAGAGGAUAUACCCAUUGGACUUGGGGCUCUACUGGGAGUUUACCUUAUAUUUGAAUUGUUUUAUUCUGCUGCUAAAAUCAUAAUAAAAACUGACAACUAAAAUAUUGUGUUAUUGUUGUUAUUGUUAUUGUUAUGGUUAUUAUUAUUAUUAUUAUUAUUAUUAAUAAUAGGGGAGGGGGGAGUAGUUAAAAAAUUAACCCAAAAAAAGUUAUUCAAAAGGUUAUUUGAGGAUCCAUUGAAAGGGGUUCUUUGAAGAACUUGUAGGGGUUCCCCCACAGUUUCAGUUUGAAGAUCCCCCAAAGGAUCCUCCAGGAACCUUUACUUUUUAGAGUGUAUGUGGUAGCGGCCUAUAAAACCAACAACAAUGUUAUUAACAUAUUGUUGCAACAUAUUGUUUAGUAAAGAUCAGGUUUAUUAAUUAUCAAUCGACAAUGAUCAAGAGCUCAAUUAAUAGGAUUUGACUGCUUAUUUGACCAAAUCACAGACUUGAGUACAUAUAGACCAAGGCUGUGUAGGCAAUCACUUUGACUAUGGCUGCAAAAAGGCUAUUGAGGCGGCUUAUUAUGCUUUACCCAAUAAUGCACUAAAUUACUGAUUGAGCACAUCAUUGCGCACAUGUUGUCACACAUCAUGAAACACAUUGAGACAAAAAUUACAGACAGUAGCCUAGUGGCAAAAUAUAACUCAAUUGGUUGAAUAUGAAAUUAAUUUCAAUAUGAUUGAAAUAGCCUUUAUAUGCCCAUGUAUGUAGGCUACAUAUUAAUACAGUUACCUCGUUUUUCAUUUGAAGCAUACUUUUAUCCCUCACUUGUUUGUAACAAUUGCAGAUAUUUCAAUUGUAUCUGUUUUUGUAGUCAACUUUGUUCUGACGUUACCGGCAGUCACAAUCAGACAGAUGGGCUAAACAUCUUGAUUCCAUGUUUAGCGGAUAUCUUCUGUAAAUGAAUUGACGCGGAAGGGCAAAAAAACAUCUAACCAUGCACUUUGGUUGCUCUAUGAGUGGUCUGGAUCACUUGUAGACCUGCAAAUGUUUUGAAGAGCGUUUUUAAGAGCCACGUUACUUACGACGGCUCUGGGAAAUGACUCGGCUACUAAAGACAAAAAGGUUCUACACUGUAAGGCUUUUCUGUAAUUUUCAACAGUAAAACACUGUAGAAUGCACAGUAAAAUACCUUACAUUUAUUUUACAGCAUUAAUGCUGUAGAUUGCACUGGAUUAUGGGUAAAAUGCUGAAAAAUACAGUUAUUAACUGUAAUUGUAAGCCCCCUGUAAAAAUUACUCUAACUUACUGUAUGUCUUUACAGUAGUACCCGAACGCUGCUGUAGUUGGCGACGCCAAACGGUCUGUGGUGUGUGUGUGUGUGAGAGAGAGGGAGAAAGUAAGUCGCUCUGGAUAAGAGCGUCUGCUAAAUGACUAAAAUGUAAAUGUAAAUGUAGAAAGAGAGCUGUAUCGCAUAUAAAUGAUCUUAAGGCUACGAAGGCUCUGGGAAACGAGGCCCUGCGACUUAUAUGUAUGCUUUGUAAAUAUGACCUGUAAAUAGUUUACUAUUGUGUUCUGCAUCGUACUAGCCGCCCACUUGUUUUCUUUCUUCGAUUACCUGCCAUAUAGGGGCCUAGCUCCACUUCCCUCAUCUAAAUAGGGUAUAGCCUAAAUAUUGAUGUUGAGGAUUUGGUGGUGGAACUGUCCCCAAAAUUGCUAAACGAAUAUAAUCACUUGUCUGGGGUGCAUUUAGAAAUACCGACUGCCCAUGGCUGCGACAACCACUUUCAUGAACUUCUGCCAGGUUACCUGGAUUUCAGGUGUGAAAGCUGCUCCGAACUUGGCGGCAAUGGCAAUUGUGAGGACGUCAGCCAACACCUGUGGACAAAAAACAAAGAAGGAAGACGUUAAAUAAGACUGCCGUUUUUGUUUUACCUUUGGAAUUAGACGUAUUGUUCUAAAUGUUAUACGUGUAGGCAUGGGCGGUGUGUUCAAUAGGGCGAUAUGGGCGACGCACUGCCAAACGGGAAAAGGAAGGGAUUUUUUUUCUAAUCAAUUAUAUCAUGGCAACAGUAGUUCAGUGUUCACGUCUGAUCUGCCAGCCACUAAAUGUCCAAUCAGGCUAAAGUCGUGCUUCAAAUGUCCCCGCCCGUUUUGGGGCGAUUUCAGUCAGGUUGAAAAUCGCCCAGAAGUCUCUCAUAGCCUCUAAUGUAAAAUAUUUUUUUUUCAAAUUUCUGAGCUUUCAAUACAUUCUCUAUGGGUGUCUGAGGGCUUGCACUUACGCGCUUUCGUCAUACGUAACGUAACCUAACCAUGAACGGCAGACAGCAACGCUUGGACAGCGACUGGUGUAACCGACAUGCACCAUCUUUCAGAAAAGAUUAAGAAAAAUGAGCUGUCAAAGACCCACAUUGAUAGCUGUUUGAGAUUGUCUGCUUUGGUGAGAGUGAAUAUUGCCACUCAACUGGAUGAGGGAUACAGGCUAGCUGUCCGCCGCCACAACGAUGAGGUUAGCAACAGCAGAGUCGUGAACACUGUCUACGAGAAUCGAGACGACCUCAUAGAAUGUUUUGAAGCCAUCCGGACGGGUUCAUUGGGUUCAUUUGACCAGCCCACCGUACCAGAAGCUACAGAAUAAGGACAUCGAUGCUGUCUUUAUCAAACGUGCCCUCGACAUCUUCGCAAGCAGUGUGCAGGCCAUAAGGUAAGAUAAAGAUUAAACAAUAUCAUUCGAUCUUUCUCAAAGCAGAGCUUUAUUUGAAAAUGUAUGCAUGAAAGGAGACUGCAUUUGUGUUUGAAAUUACAUUAUUGUCAUUAUAUAUGGCCAGUGGUGUAAUCUAUCUUAUUUUAUAUACUAUGUGUACUGUACAGUGGUGCUCAUAAGUGUAUGAACACAUUCUAAAGCUGACUAAAAAGAGGAAUAAAAAAAUAAAAAAAUCAUCUUUUGGAAAUUGAUCUUAAUGACUUAAUUAAAAAAGUUGGAAAAUCCAACCUUUAAGGACACCAAUUUUCUUUUCUUUUUUAUUCCUCUUUUUAGUCAACUUUAGCAUGGGAUCAUAAGCUUAUGAGCACCACUGUAUACUGUGCUGAACAUCCAGGCUAUGUGAGACACAAAGGCUAACUUAAACACUAAAGACUUUAUGCAUCCCUGCCCAUUUUAAGUGGAACUGAAGUAUUUGUACUAUACAUGGAUACAUUGCAUAUACCUGUGCAUCACAUAGACAACAAUACUGUACAAAGCCAACAAACACAUUGGUCUGUUUGCCUUCAGGGACUCCUCUCAACAGCAGCUGCAAGAAGCAACAGGAGCCAAAAGACCCAGAACAGCUUUGAGAGAAGAGGAGAAGCAGAGGCUGUCUGAAGAGCUCUGCAACACCAUCCUGGAUCACACCAAAGAAAGGUUCUCUUUCUCUGGCCACCUUGUGAGUGCUACCUUACUGCAAGCAGACAUGUUUGAAAGGUACUGCCAUUCAAAAAAAUAAAAAAUCUGUUCAUGUUCAUUUUUACAAAUCUAUACAAUUGGCCAGAAUAUGGUUGUUCAUAUUUACAAAUCUAUACAAUUGGCCAGAAUAUGGUUGUUCAUUUUUACAAAGCCAUACAUAUUGUUUAUGCAGUGUUGAGGAAUGUGAAAGAACACCCUUGAUUAUUUUUACUGUGAUAACUUAUUUUGCUUUUGUAAGCCAACACUUUUGAGAUCAGUCAAUAAAUGCUUCUGGUAUUGACUUAUAUGCUGCCCCUGUCUUCAUGUUGUUGCUGGACAUAUCUUUUUAAAAAUGUGUGUAGGUCACCUAAAUCAUCAGAAAAAUUGCCCCUCCUGAGAAUUUUUUCAGGAGCCGCCACUGCGUGUAGGCCUACCUCAGUAUAGCCAAAAAUAUAAGCCUAUCAAGACAGAAGGCAUACCAUGAAAUUGUCAGGGUCAACAAAGAGUUUGUUAGCGUGGGUCUCGCUCAGUGACUUGUAUGUGGCCAAGAUGUUGCCCAUGUUCUUCACAGCUUUAUCCAGAGCUCCACACACGACCUUGCCGUGAGCAGCAACUUUGGGGUUGCCCAUGAUUGCUGCAGGAUGGUGCUCUUCUCUGCAUCUGUCCAGUCAACCAUGUUGUCAGUGUUUAUUCUUCGGUUUUGCAACAAGAUAAAACAAAUUAAUGUAUUGUGUAGGGAGACGCUUUGCAUGCCACUAAUAUUUAUGAGUGCGCUCCGCCCACUGGAGGCGGCGCAUGUGAUUGGCUCUGGCAAAGAUAAGUAUUGGCCAAGUGAGCGCUUCAGCUCUCGAACAUGAUUACAUAAAUUCCAAUCAUUUAUCUGAUAAAAAGGACAAUAAACGUUAAUUUAUUGGUGUUACAUUAUCAAGUCUGUAGGUUAGAUCCUAAAAUCUGAAAUCAUAUGUAAAUAGGCCUGUACAGUUUUAUCUAGUUACCAACGUUUCAAAAUUCGCAUGAUCACAGCUAAACAGUUUUAAUUGAUCUAACUAAUGCAAGAAUAAAAGCAAGGUUACGGCAAAACUCUUCCGAAUAUCAUAUUUCCUUCAUUAAUGUGUAUAAGGCUAUUCAAAUGAAAAAAUAGAAAGAGAUGCAAUUUGAUAAUUCCAACCAAUUCCGGCCUUUAAAUUAGCACAGUUUCUUAACUCUGACAAAAUGAUGCCUUACUUUUUUAAAUCGGGUUAUUCAGACCGGUCCCGCACAUUAAAUGUGAUAAGCAGGAAUGUCCAGUAAUAUUUGCGGAUAGGUGUGUACCCAUGUCCUCUCAUGACCUCUCUGACUUUUCUUUCGAUCAUCAUUCGAAGUCCAAUCAACCUUUUAAUUGGGAAUCAUAUCCAACUUAAAUUGAACACCAGAAUAGGUAUAUCAUAGAUACAUACAAAUGUGAAAUACGUCACCAUGAAUCAAUAUUUUCCAAUUUAAUGCAGGUCUUUGAAGGUGGAUUUGAUUUCUACAAUUGAAUUUACAGAUGUAAUAUAUAUUAUAGAACUCUACAAAUCAAAUAUAUAGCCUACCUUUAAUUAUUUAACAUUAUGUAGGAUAGAACGACAUUUGCGUCACAUAAUCUAAGCCUAUGCCAUUUCAAAUAGCCAAUGAACUAUCAAUGAAAUAUUUGGCAAAAUCAGCUGCAUCUUUUGAAUUAAUUUAUUGGAAAUAUAUGCUUGUUUAGGCUACUCUGAAACAUUUCGUUUUAUGCAACGAAAAAAAUAAAUAAUAAUAAAAUAAUAAUAAUAAUAAUUUCUUAAAGAAAGAAUUCUGAGAAUGAUUGUGUUUAACCUGCUGACAGCAGCCUAUGUGCCUACCCGGAUGAAGCAUUUUAACAUACAAUAAGUAAACUACAUUGAUUACAUUGUAGACACAGACGAUGGGAGAAAUGUGAUACGCGUAAUGCUUAGAAGUUGAAAAUCUAAUAAAAACGCCUAUGGUCCAAACUAUUCUGUACCUUCCUUUACAGGAUGCUGACUGCUUACCCCCAGAAUAAGACCUACUUCUCCCACUGGGCUGACCUGAGCCCCGGCUCUGCUCCAGUCAAGAAGCAUCAUCACAGGUGCAAUUGGUAA